AUGACUGGGAGAAGGAACAGUACCAUGAUCACGAAGUUCAUUCUCUUGGGAUUCUCUGAAUUUCCAAAGCUCACAUUUGUCCUCUUUUCAAUAUUCCUAGGGAUCUACCUGAUAACAGUGUCCUGGAAUGUGGGCCUCAUCACGCUCAUCAAGAUGGAUCCCCAUCUGCACACACCUAUGUACUUUUUCCUGAGUAACCUGUCCUUGCUAGACAUCUGCUAUAUUUCUACUGUUGCCCCCAGGAUGCUCUCAGACUUCUUCAAGACCCAUACAUUCAUCUCCUUUGUGGGGUGCACCAUGCAAUACUUCUUCUUCUCUAGCCUGGGUCUGACUGAAUGCUGUCUCCUGGCAGCCAUGGCUUAUGAUCGCUAUGUUGCCAUUUGCAAUCCUCUGCUCUACACAGCCAUUAUGUCCCCCACACUCUGUGUGCAGAUGGUGGCAGGAUCUUGCAUAACUGGAUUCUUUGGCUCAUCUAUCCAACUGUGUGCCUUACUUCAGCUGCAUUUCUGUGGGCCAAACAUCAUCAACCAUUUCUUUUGUGACUUACCCCAACUGCUAAUCCUAUCCUGCUCUGACACUUUUUUUUUCCAGGUCCUGAUUUCUGUGCUCACAGUGAUCUUUGGGCUCACAUCUGUCCUGGUUAUUAUGAUAUCCUAUGGUUAUAUCGUUGCCACCAUUCUGAAGAUCACUUCAGCUGAAGGCAGGUCCAAGGCCUUCAACACCUGUGCUUCUCACCUGACUGCAGUGACCCUCUUCUUUGGCUCAGGUAUCUUUGUUUAUAUGUAUCCUAAUUCUGGUGAUUCCCGGAGCCAAAACAAGUUGGCAUCACUCUUAUACACUACUGUAAUCCCCAUGCUAAAUCCAUUGAUCUACAGCCUGAGGAACAAGGAAAUCAAAGAUGCCCUAAACAGAUGGAAGAAGAAAAUCUUCUCUUGA